AUGGAAACCCAGAACCAAUUCAUAGUCCCAGAUUCCAAUUCCACAUUUUAUAACCAAAAUGCAGAACCCAAUUACGAGCCUUAUCAUGUUGACUAUAAUUCAUACUAUGGCCAGAAUUGGAUGGCACAAAAUGGUGCAGGUUGGUCUGCACAAAAUGGUGGUGGGUGGGUGCCACAAAAUGGCGGUGGAUGGGUUGCACCAAAUGGUGGAGCUGGGUGGGUUGCACAAAAUGGAGUGGGGACACAGAAUGGACAAGAACAUGCUGGACAACCUUACGAGUUUCCAGACAGUGGCGGUUAUGGAUAUUAUAAUAAUGGUCCUCAACUUAAAGACGUCUUCCCCGAAAUUAAAGAUGAAGAAACAACAAUGACCUCUGUGGAAAUCGAGGACGAAAACGACGAAGAUAAAUACACAAACCAUCAACGGGAUCAUCAGCACCAGAAUCGACAUCAGCAGAACCAUCAAAAGGAGAAUAACCAGAAUUAUCAUCGCCAGGAUCACCAGCAACAGAAUCACCAGCAACAGAAUCACCAGUUAAAUGGCAUCAGCAACGUUCUUCAUAACAACAUCGUGGACGACAGUAUAUCCAGUACUGAUAACGAUGAUAAUAAUUUGAUCAUCGACCUUCAAAAUAAUAAUAAAAAUCAACAGGAGGUGACAAGUUCCAAAACUGAAUUAAGGAAAAAUGGCAAAAUGAGGGCAAAACGUAAACCUAGAGUGCUGUUUUCGCAAGCGCAGGUUUUAGAAUUAGAGGCCAGAUUCCGCCAACAGCGCUACCUUUCGGCCCCAGAACGCGAAUGUUUGGCCAGAAGUUUAUGCCUAUCGGCCACUCAGGUUAAAAUUUGGUUCCAAAACCGGCGGUACAAAAAUAAAAGGGCCAAAAGCACUGAGGGCUCUGAAACUAAUUGCAAAACCCAGACCCAAAUGGAACAUCAUCAGAAUAGAAAGGAAUUACGACCUGAAGAAUCAACAGCACCUUAUCACGAAACGUACCAAAAUCAAACGUUCUCAAACUGUGUAGCUGCGCCUCCGCCAUAUUCUUACAAUUUUGGCGCAAAUUUGACGCAGAGUUAUGGAAAUUUCGAAUAUUAUAAAUUAUAA